CAUUCGAUAUAUUAACUUGCAAUUUGAACUCAACAUAGCUACCAUCUUCAGUAGUCGAUCAUUUAACUGAAAUCAAUCAAUAUGGCUGAUGCGAAGAAAAAGCAGCUGGUCUACAACAUUAUUGACUUCCUUCGCACGUCUUCACAGGAUGGCACUAUAAAGGAGGAUGACAAGGAGUCUCUCGAUGUUGCAGUGCAAUGUAUUGCCGAAGCCUUUGGUGUCGAUCCCGAUUCCGCUGAAGACGACAAGGCAUAUUCCAUCAAACCAGCUUCCCUCGUUUCCAUUUUGGACGUAUUCCUCAAAACUAAGGCGAAGUCCUUCGCCUCUACCUCCCCCCAAUCUGAGGCUUCACUCCCUCAGUCUUCAUCUGAUAUCUCUCAAACCGACAAAAUCAAAGCAGAAUCGUUAAAAACAAAAGGCAAUCAACUCAUGGGACAAAAACUUUAUGAUUCCGCCAUUGAGCAAUACACUGAAGCUAUCAAGCUUGACCCCAACCCCGUAUACUAUUCUAAUCGAGCCGCUGCUUGGGGCGGUGCUGGUCAGCAUGAGAAGGCUGUGGAAGAUGCCGAAAAGGCCCUGGAAUUAGAUCCCAAAUUUACUAAGGCCUACUCUAGGCUCGGCCAUGCCCAUUUUAGUUUGGGCAACUAUUCCGACGCUGUUAGGGCGUACGAAAAUGGUCUUGAGCUCGAUCCUGAUAAUGCGAACAUGAAGACUGCCCUUUCUACUGCUAAAAGCAAAUUAUCGGAACUGUCAUCGCGCCCUACCGCCGCCGAUAGGGAACCUCCUCAAAAUGGUAUUAAUGGUAGCAGUGGCGGCAUGCCCGAUCUUGCUUCUCUUGCCGGCGCCCUAGGUGGUGGCGGUGGUAGCGGCAGUGGUGGUAUGCCUGAUUUGGCAUCCAUGAUGAAUAACCCACAAAUGAUGUCCAUGGCCCAACAAAUGAUGGCCAAUGGCGGGCUAGAGCGACUAAUGCAAAAUCCUGCGCUGCGCAACAUGGCAGAAAAUAUGAGGAAUGGCGGAGGUAUGCCAGAUUUCAGUUCGCUUGCCAGUGACCCUAGUAUGAGGGAUUUGGCCCAGCAGUUCAUGGGCGGUCGACAGUAAUUACUCGUAGGGUUUCGGCGGAUUUUUGAUAUCUCAUAAUGACUGAGAAGAAUGAAGGGAUCAUUUUGAGAUGAACUGUUGAAUUUGUCAAAGGAGUAGCAUUCAGAUUACAUUGGACCUGCUACUGCUAUCUACGGCAUGAUGACAAGCCUAAACAAAAAGGCCUGUAUAAAGUUGUCUACUACUAUUCCGUGUUUUGUAUGAAGUAUACAUAGCCAGACACAGAAGUGAAAUACCAGAAAGAUCUGUCUGGUAAUGCGAAACUCGGAAUUGA